CAGGUGUUUGUCUCCGUCAACCACCAAUGUGGUCCGAAACCGAACCGAUUUUGACCUUGAACUCCGUUGCAAGCAGUUGGCCUAGAGGGGGAGACUUGCUACUGGACCAGCAGUUCCACGCCAAUACGGUCGGCAUGGAGCGGUACAAUUCGUGGAAUUCCGUCCUGUGCGAUAUGCAGCACCAUCAUCCGCAGCAGCAACAGCAGCCUCGUGACCAACUGCCGCAGACGAUGCAUUCCGAAACGCUCCAGCAAUUCAGAAAUGAUGACUCCCUUAUACGGGAUCCUUGUGGAUUACAGUUCGAUACCGAACGGAACACAGAGGAUGUUGCAUCGCACUGUGAUCACAUUGAUCACAUCAAAGCAGAACCACACUGGCCAGCUGCAGCUGUUCAAGAAUCAGCUACCUCAACUUGCUCUUUCUGGGCCUCCUCUUGGGUGGAUCUUAAACACGUUGGGGGACAGUUUCCCCAGUUCGCUUGUCCAGACAACAGCUCACAUUGGUUUUGUGGGGAGAUGGGAGUGCAGAGCUACCUGUCUUUUUUGGCUCGUCAUUCGAAUGGAUUAAAUUCUAGUUCAGGAGGUGGUCUCUCGGAUUUAAGCUCAAGUCCAGAGGAAGACAGGACGGGCGUGAGAACUGCGGCAAGUACUGCGCAGCACUUUGCACUCAACACGGCGACGCCAAAAUUGUCUGAAAACAGGUCCACAAAUGUUACUCAACGCACGCCUCGGAAGGCAGCUGCAUUUGACCAAGCCGCUGGUCUCCGGUCGAAUAAAACCUCAACUACAUUGAUCAAAAAUCGGUCCGAUCGUAAACGUCAUAGCAAACCAUCAAACAAAAGUUCCGUCAAGUUUUCAAAAGUACACUCAAGUGAAUCAUUGUCUUUGAGAUGCAGUGGAGAAUUCGUGACACCAGCGGAAGAGUUUUGUAAUCAACGAACGCGAUCUUUUUCCCACUGCUCGAUAUCCGGUUAUCAACACGGUUUGGUCGUGGGCAGUCCGAAUUCCCAACAGUUUAUCGAACAGAAUAUGCAGGCUAAUGCAGCCCCGGAUGUGGGAUGGACAUCCUUUUCCAGUUCAGCUAUUCAGCCUAAACAACGUCCCUCUAAUACACCUGAAAAGCGCAUAUCCAUCGACGCUCACCAGCUGCAUGCAAGUCAGUCCGAACAAAAGCCUGACCGCGUUGAACAAAGCACAGGGACUACCUUCGUCCAAUUCCGCCAAGGUGGGAUAAACCAGGGAGGUAUCGCUGGCUACCCUCAUCCGGAUGCAUCGUUCACCAUGUCAGAUGACCACAUACAUUUGGACCGGUUUAAAACGAAUACGACCACACAGGUGAUCACCGCAUCUUCAAGGCCCCACCUGAUACGGUCGGACUCAAACACACUACUCCCAACCGGACUUUUCUCUCACUCCAACUUUGGCCUACAACACUCAGAGACAAAUCAAGCUAGCAGUCAUGACCUGUCUUCAUCCUGCUACCUUCCAGAAUCCGAAGUGUUAUCAUAUAGUUCACAUUUUGCGGAGUUUCAUCGGAGUGACUCACUCGGAAAGCUUAAUGGAAACGGUGGAGACAGUAAUUCACGACAGAGACAAAUGAUCUACCUAACUGGCGAUAGUGAUCAUAUCCUACCUCCAGAGCAGUUACUAAGUGAAUCUAUCUGGCCAAUACCGAAAUCAACUACUGGUGGUAAUCAGACAACCGAUUGUCUACCAUAUCUAGCUAAUCAUUCAACCACCCCAAUCCACACAGGUCCGAUUCAGUUGUGGCAGUUCCUGCUCGAAGAACUUCAGAACCCCAGUGCCAAAGAGUAUAUUAGCUGGACGGGUCAGGGGACGGAGUUCAAGCUGAAGGAACCUAACCAAGUCGCAAAACGUUGGGGUGCACGAAAAAACAAGCCAAAGAUGAACUAUGAAAAAUUGAGCCGCGGUCUCCGGUACUACUACGAUAAGCGAAUCAUUGAAAAGGUUUCCGGCAAACGUUACGUCUAUCGAUUUACACAAAACGUUCACGAACUGUUCAACACCCCAACGGACCCGUACAUGGGAGGGUGGGAUAACUUUGAGAAAAAGUACGUGACUGAGCCUUUGGAGUUCAAUCGAACCGAAACUGCUUCGAAGGAAAGUGGCCCAACUUACGAAGAGAAGCUGCAUGCUUUGGAACGCAUGCCAUUCAGUCCUCCGACACAGUUUGAACUGCCCGAUUGACUGUUUCAUAACUAGAAGUGGGUUCUCGUAGCACUAGUGUUACAGCCCGCCACGAUUUUAUGACCCCAUUUGCAGUAAUUGCAGCUGGUAAAUGCGCUGGUUUGAGUAGUGAUUUUCAUUUGGUACUUUUGUACACA